AUGCAAACCCUGGCAACUCUACUGGCUGGCGGCUACCGCGGAGCCGGACUGACCAAGCUGAAGCUGGGUGAGCGGCUGGCAGACGGACAGCUGCCGCAGGCAAUCCUCGACGAUCUGGGCGACACGCUGGAGCACCUAGACCUGUCGGGGACGGGGUUGGCGUCGCUGCCGGCGGACUUUGGGGCACGGCUGCCGCGGCUGCGCAUUGCCUUUUUCAGCAGCUGUGCGUUUGAGUCGUUUCCGGCGGCCGCCCUGGCGGGCUGUGGCCAACUCGAGAUGGUGGCCUUCCGCAGCAACGGCAUGGCGUCGCUGCCGGCGGAAGCAUUUGAGGAAGAGGACGGUGCGGGCGGCAGCCGACCGACGCCGCUGGCGAAGCGGCUGCGCUGGCUGAUCCUGACGGACAACCGGUUAGCGACGCUGCCAGCGAGCAUCAGCCGCUGUGGGUGUCUGGAAAAGUGCAUGUUGUCGGGCAACCGGCUGGAGGCGCUACCGGACGCCAUGGCCGCCUGCCAGAGCCUGACGCUGCUGCGGCUCUCGGCCAACCGGAUGGACCGCCUGCCCGGCUGGCUGCUGACGGCCAUGCCACGUCUCGCCUUCCUCUCGUUUGCCGGCAACCCGUGCUCGUCAGCAGCGCCUUCGGCGACGACCACGCGUCCCUCGACCGCUUCCGCAUCGGCGCUUCCGCACAUCGACUGGAAACAGAUCGAGGUCCACCACGUACUCGGCGAGGGGGCCAGCGGCAUCAUCUCCAAGGGGGUGGUGCGGAGCAGCAGCGGGCUGUCGGGAGAGAGCACGCCAGUGUCGGGCAUGUCCACACCGGCACUACAGUCAGCGACGACGACGACGGUGGCUGAAGAUGCCGUGGCCAUCAAGAUCUUCCGUGGCGCGCUGACGAGCGACGGCACUCCGUUUGACGAGAUGGCUGCCAACAUUGCGGCCGGACACCACGUCAACCUUGUUCGGGUGCAUGGACAGAUCCGGUUUGCGGAGGAAGAGGAGGGAGGGGAGGAGGAUGAGAUACUGGAAGAAGCUGAGAAAACAAAGGAAGAGAUUCAAGACGCGUUCAAAGGCGGCAUCGUGAUGGAGCUGAUCCCGCCACACUAUCGGGUGUUGGGCCAGCCGCCGUCGUUUGCGAGCUGCACACGCGACCGAUUUGACGACCGCGACGACAGCUCACCCUUGUCAGUGGACGCUGCCCUCUCCAUCCUUGCCGGCGUGGCCUCGGCUGCAGAGCACCUGCAUGGACGCGGCAUCGCCCACGGCGAUCUGUACGCGCACAACAUUCUGGUCACGGGACACGACAAAAGCAGCAAGGACGACAAGAUGGACACGCAUGCCAUUCUCAGCGAUUUCGGUGCGGCCACGCUGUACGGCACUGCCGGCCUCCUGGACCCGCUCCUCGAGAAGAUCGAGGUGCUCGCCUUUGCCCAUCUGGUGGCGGACGUGCUCGGUCUGAUUGGCGACACGGCAACGGACGAAACGACUACAACGGUCGGCAGCCGGCUGCAGGAUCUGCAUCGGCAGUGCGAAGUGGCCGAGGUGGCCGCCCGGCCGACGUUUGCCACGGUCGUCGGCCGGCUGACGGACAUCCAGUCAGAGUGGAGCAGCAGGCCCCGGACAUGUGCAUGA